AUGGCGAUUGAACCUCUCCGUGUUAAUCUGGACGCCGUCCCAGCAACCGACCAACCAUACCAUGGUGAUUCCUCUUCCCAGCAGCAACUCACCAUGCACAACUACGACGUCAGUGGUCCACACUCCACAGUUCUCUCCCCAGCCAACCAAGCAAGUGCCAACAGCAGCCAUGGACAAAACCAAUUUCUGAUUGCUGCAGGGGGUAGCCCUGAGCACCGCCAGAUCAGGUCAAACGAUGCUCUUCACUACAUAAGCCAGAUGCUGAUGGAAGAGAACGACGAGAGAGUCGACAUAUGCCAAGGGGAGGCUGCUCUCCAGGCUGCUGAGAAGCCAUUCCGUGACAUUCUUGGGGAGGUAUGCGUGCCGGCUACUAACCGGCCGCCAUUGCAUAGCAACAGCAAACCAGACAACGCUGAUAAGAGUGGUACCAGCUGUUACAAGAGGCUCUGGAGCACAAGCUUCAGUAAUGACUGUUCCAGUUACAGCUUGCUACAGCCCUUAACAACCCCGUUGAGUCCAUAUAUCUGCAAUAGUGGUCUUUCUCUACAAAAACGUCCUUUGACAAGUGUUGGACCAACUUCCGGAUUUGGUUUCCCCGCCUUGCAUUGUCACGGAGGUGUGGACGAGGAAAAUAUGUUUGCUCCAAAUAUUGAUAAGCUGGAGAUGUAUUUAGAGGACGGCAUACUUUAUAUUUCCCAACUGACUAUGAAGGCAAAAGUAGGAGAGAGGAGCAAAAACGCGAUCCUUGAGGUGGCAAACCAAAGGGAUAUCUUUCAAGGAAGGAGCAAUAAACAUCAUGCCAUCACCACUUGUGCAAUAAUUCGAAGUGAAAAUUUCGACCGAGUUCUGCUAUGCUAUGGUCGGAAGAGUUUCGAUCUAAUAACAAGAUUGCAAGAAAGGAUGGCGGAGGAAGGAAACAAGAACUCACAGAAAGGCCGGAGCAAAGGAUGUCGGAAACUAUGGGCUAGGAAGCAACCGAGGAAAGAAUUGGUUGAUCUCAGGACUCUCCUUGUCCAUUGCGCACAAGCAGUGGCCCAAGACAACCACCUGUUGGCCAGUGAACUCCUAAAGAAGAUAAGACAACACUCCUCAGCAGAUGGUGAUUGUACUCAGAGACUGGCAUUUUACUUGGCGGAUGGCCUUGAGGCACGCUUCGGUGGGAUCGGGAGUCAUGUUUAUGGCAAUCUAAUGGAACGGCGAACAAGUGCAGCAGAUUGGUUUGAGGCUUACAGGCUUUUUAUUGCAGCUUGCCCUUUCAUAAGGGCGUCAUACUACUUUGCCAACCAAACUAUUCUUGAUGUCUCACAAAGGCAACCAAGGGUGCACAUCGUCGAUUUCGGCAUCGACUUCGGCUUUCAGUGGCCAUUAAUGAUUCAGAAGCUUGCACAGCGAGAAGAGGGAGCCCCUAAGCUUCGGAUCACAGGCAUAGAAGUUCCCCAGCCAGGUUUCCACCCCUGCAAAAUGAUCGAGGAGACAGGGAAGCGGCUGGCUGAUUAUGCAAACAUGUUCAAGGUACCUUUUCAGUAUCAGGGCAUUGCCGCUGCAAGAUGGGAGACCGUUAAAAUUGAGGAUCUUAACAUCGACGAGGAUGAAGUUCUCAUAAUCAACUGCAUAUUCCGGAUGAAGAAUCUUGGCCAUGAAACCGAGGCCAUAAAUAGCGCAAGGGAUGAGGUGCUGAAAACAAUGAGGAGGAUGAACCCAAAGGUUUUAAUUUCUGGCACCGUGAAUGGGUUACAUAGUUCUCCCUUCUUCAUACAACGAUUCAAAGAGGUUAUGCUCCAUUACUCUUCAAUGUUCGACAUGCUUGAUGCAAUUGUUCCACGGGAUAAUGAAGCAAGAAAGAUGAUUGAGAGGAUCCCAUUUGGGCGGGAUGCACUUAACAUCAUAGCAUGCGAGGAUGCGGAAAGGACUCAGAGGCCAGAAAGUUACAGGCAGUGGCAAGCAAGGUUCCUCAAGGCUAGGUUCCAGCAGCUUCCUGUCGAUCCAGCCAUCUUAAAGAAGAUAGUACACAUGAAGAACUUACAUUAUCAUGAGGAAUUCUUUGCUGUUGAAGAUUGCGGCUGGCUGCUACAAGGAUGGAAAGGAAGAGUCCUUUAUGCUGUAUCUAAAUGGGAACCUAAUGAAACAUAUGAUGAUCAGUAA